GGGUGUGUCUCCGGCAGAUGGUGGCUGUGCUGUGUGUCUCCCAGAGUGCAGUGCGGAGAGAGCUGGACAUGGCUGCAGUGCUGGAGGAGAAUGGCUGCAGCCCCCCUCCUGGGGACUCGGACGUGGAGCCGGGGGACAGCGCCCGCCAGAAGCUGGAGUCUCUUCUGAACAGAAACAUGCGGAUCGAGAUGACGGAUGGACGUUCCCUGAUUGGCUGCUUCCUCUGUACUGACCGAGACUGUAACGUCAUCCUGGGUUCAGCGCAGGAGUUCCUUCGUCCUUCAGACACUUUCCCCGUGCGAGAGCCUCGUGUGCUGGGUCUGGCCAUGGUCCCCGGUCAUCACAUUGUGUCCAUACAAGUGGAGCUGGAGAGCGUCACCUCCCCUCAGUACCUGUGAGCGGCGGA